GGCUGUGGAAGGCUUAAAGAUCCAGUAGUGGGGUCUUAGCCCAGCCCUCUGACGGUGGGACUUUAGGAGGAGAGAGAGAGCUUUGCAUUUUCAUUAAAGCCCACAAACCUUCUUCAGUCUGUAGGCAGGGGACUGGGGAGGAACACAUCUCAGCAGGGCAAAGGAGAAGAAAAAGCCACCAAAGCCCCCCUCCCCCUGAGAGACUUUCUUUCUCCUUAUGGCUGUGUAGUGAUCACCUCCCGGACUAUUGGAAGGAGUUGGUGCUGUAGAUUGAAUCCUGAGGUUUCUUAUCUUCUGGGGGGUUCCCAGUUGUUGGAGAUGUGGAACACAAGGUGGAAAACGAAACGGAGGUUGUGGGAUUCGUCCCUCAGCUCCCUCACUCUCAUCACUUUGACUUUCCUUCUCCAAGCUGCAGAGGUCAGAGGAGCUGGACCAGUCGAUGUACUCAGAGCAUUAGAAUUUAACAGUUCACCAGAAGGUGUGUCAAGAACAGCAGGGUUUUGCACGAACAGAAGGGCAUCCAAAGGGGCAGACACAGCAUACAGAGUCCAGAAACAUGCCCAGCUUAGUGCUCCCACCAAGCAACUAUUCCCAGGAGGAUCAUUCCCAAAAGAUUUCUCAAUCCUGCUUACAGUCAAGCCAAAGAAAGGCCUGCAGACAUUCAUUCUGUCAAUCUACAAUGAACAGGGUGUACAACAAUUGGGAGUGGAGGUCGGAAGGUCCCCUGUCUUCCUUUAUGAAGAUCAGCAUGGAAAACCCACCCCUGAAGAAUACCCCAUUUUUAGCACUGUCAACAUUGCAGACGGAAAGUGGCACCGGAUUGCGAUCAGCGUGGAAAAGAAGACAGUCACGAUGAUUGUGGACUGCAAGAUGAAGACCACAAAGCCCCUACCCAGAAGUGACAAACCUAUUGUGGAUCCCACAGGCAUCACUGUAUUUGGGACUCGUAUCCUAGAUGAAGAGGUGUUUGAGGGUGACAUCCAGCAGCUACUGAUCAGCGAUGACCCCAAAGCUGCGUAUGACUACUGUGAACAUUUCAUGCCGGACUGUGACACCCCAGCUCCCAACAAACCCCAGGCCCAAGAACCACAAGUGGAUGAGAAGAAGAAAGCCAAUACCAAAACGAAGAAGAAGCCAGUGCCCCCUAAAUCAAAGAACAAACCCAUAAAGGUCACGCCCAAAAAAUCAAUUGCACCUAAGAAGAAGAAGGGCAGGACUGAUUACCAGGCGUCAGCAAGAAAAAGAAUAGGGGCCAAUGUAGUGGAAUACAAUCCAGAACAGUACGGCGACUAUGGCUAUCAGACGGAUACCCCUGCUCUUACUACUGGACCCAAUGAGCCAGCACCUGUGGAGACCUUUGAGGAGGAAUCCAUUUUGGAGGAACCCUUUGUGGAAGAGUACAUAACAGGAGAGGAUUAUGAUUCAGAGAAAAAGCUGGUUGAGGAAUCAGAAUAUGGGGUAAACACUGUAGCCCCAACACCCACUGAGACUGAGACGGUUGUAGGAGGAGAUUUAGGCGAAUAUGAUAUGUAUGACUAUAAAGAGUAUAAAGAAUACGAAGAUAAACCAACCAACGCCAAAGGAGAUGAGUUCGGACCAGGGGUACCGGCCGAGACUGAUGUCACAGAGACCAGCGUGAAUAAUUAUGGUGGAUAUGGUGAAAAGGGCCAAAAAGGAGAACCUGCUGUGAUUGAGCCGGGUAUGUUGAUAGAAGGACCUCCUGGACUAGAAGGGCCUGCGGGUCUUACUGGUCCUCCUGGUCUACAAGGACCUCCUGGACCUUCUGGAGACCCUGGUGAGAGAGGUCCUCCUGGUCGCUCUGGAUUGCCUGGAGCUGAUGGGUUACCUGGACCCCCUGGCACCAUGCUCAUGCUACCAUUCCGUUAUGGAGGAGAUGGACAAAAAGGACCACAAGUCUCAGCUCAGGAAGCACAGGCUCAAGCCAUUCUGCAACAAGCUAGGAUUGCAAUGCGGGGACCUCCUGGCCCAAUGGGUCUAACUGGAAGAUCUGGCCCUGUGGGACAACCUGGUUCACCAGGAAACAAAGGAGACCCCGGAGAUCCAGGCCCUCAGGGUCCCAGAGGAAUUCAGGGUUCACCAGGGCCCAUGGGAAAAGCUGGUAAAAGGGGACGCUCAGGAGCUGAUGGAGCCCGUGGUAUGCCUGGAGAACCUGGAGCCAAGGGUGACAGAGGAUUUGAUGGCCUUCCAGGUCUGCCCGGAGAGAAGGGACACAGGGGUGACAAAGGUCCACAAGGUCCACCAGGGCCACCAGGAGAAGAUGGUGAGAGGGGAGAAGAUGGAGAGGUUGGACCCCGGGGAUUGCCCGGUGAACCCGGUGAACGAGGAUUGCUGGGACCAAGAGGACCCCCUGGACCUCCAGGACAACAUGGUAUUGCUGGUGUUGAUGGACCCCCAGGCCCUAAAGGAAAUCAAGGCCCACAAGGAGAGCCAGGCCCUGCUGGCCAACAAGGAAUCACUGGUCCUCAAGGUCUCCCUGGUCCACAAGGCCCCAUUGGUCCCCCUGGUGAGAAGGGCCCACACGGAAAGCCCGGUCUUCCUGGACUACCUGGAUCUGAUGGACCCCCAGGCCAUCCUGGUAAGGAAGGACCUCCAGGAGAAAAGGGAGCAGCGGGUCCCACUGGCCCUCAAGGACCAAUUGGUUACCCAGGACCUCGAGGAGUUAAGGGAGCAGAUGGCGUGCGUGGUUUGAAGGGAGGCAAAGGAGAAAAGGGGGAGGACGGUUUUCCAGGAUUUAAGGGUGAUAUGGGACUUAAAGGAGACCGGGGUGAGGUUGGACCUCUUGGUCCAAGAGGAGAGGAUGGCCCAGAAGGUCCAAAGGGAAGAUCUGGUCCAACAGGUGAUGGCGGUCCCCCUGGUCUAGCUGGUGAAAAGGGUAAACUCGGAGUACCAGGAUUACCAGGAUAUCCCGGACGACAAGGUCCCAAGGGUUCCACAGGCUUCCCAGGAUUUAAUGGAGCCAACGGCGAGAAAGGAGCACGGGGUGUAGCUGGCAAACCAGGUCCAAGGGGACAACGAGGUCCAACGGGUCCACGUGGCGCUAGAGGUCCAAGAGGUCCUACUGGAAAACCAGGUCCUAAGGGCACAGCUGGAAACGAUGGCCCCCCUGGCCCACCUGGUGAAAGAGGACCUCAAGGACCACAGGGCCCUGUAGGGUUCCCAGGACCAAAAGGCCCCCCUGGACCUCCUGGAAAGGAUGGGUUGCCCGGCCACCCUGGACAACGUGGAGAAACAGGUUUCCAAGGAAAAACUGGGCCCCCAGGUCCCGGAGGUGUAGUUGGUCCUCAGGGUCCAACUGGAGAGACUGGUCCUAUUGGAGAAAGAGGCCACCCUGGGCCACCAGGUCCUCCUGGAGAGCAAGGAUUGCCAGGGGCAGCUGGGAAAGAGGGUGCAAAGGGAGAUCCAGGUCCCCAAGGUGUUGCUGGGAAAGAUGGCCCACCAGGUCUGCGUGGAUUCCCCGGUGAGAGAGGCCUCCCUGGAGCUACGGGUGCAGCUGGCUUGAAGGGUGGAGAAGGUCCACAAGGUCCACCUGGUCCUCUUGGAUCUGCUGGAGAACGAGGUGCAGCAGGUGCUGCUGGGCCUAUUGGUUUGCCAGGAAGACCUGGUCCUCAGGGCCCACCAGGGCCAGCGGGAGAGAAGGGUGCUCCGGGUGAGAAAGGACCUCAGGGGCCAGCUGGACGUGAUGGUGUACAAGGACCUGUUGGACUUCCUGGACCUGCUGGUCCUCAAGGGCCACCUGGUGAAGAUGGUGACAAGGGUGAAAUUGGAGAGCCUGGUCAGAAAGGAGGAAAGGGAGAUAAGGGAGAACAGGGUCCUCCAGGACCAGCUGGUCUACAGGGUCCAGUUGGAGCACCAGGUCCAGCGGGUUCAGAUGGAGAGCCUGGUCCCAGAGGUCAGCAGGGAAUGUUUGGUCAGAAGGGAGAUGAAGGUCCUCGUGGAUUUCCAGGCCCCCCUGGCCCAAUUGGUCUCCAAGGGCUUCCAGGACCACCAGGUGAAAAAGGAGAAAAUGGUGAUGUUGGUCCAAUGGGUCCACCUGGUCCUCCUGGUCCAAGAGGACCUCAAGGUCCUAAUGGUGCUGAUGGUCCCCAAGGUCCUCCUGGGUCUAUUGGAUCUCCUGGUGGUGUUGGCGACAAAGGUGAACCCGGAGAGGCUGGAAACCCAGGUCCCCCUGGGGAAGUCGGUGUUGGCGGUCCUAAAGGUGAGAGGGGUGAGAAAGGAGAGGCUGGACCCCCAGGAGCUGCAGGACCUGCCGGGCCUAAAGGUCCACCAGGAGAGGAUGGUCCCAAAGGAAAUCCUGGUCCUGUUGGAUUCCCCGGAGACCCUGGUCCUCCUGGUGAACCUGGUCCAAGUGGUCAAGAUGGCGGUCCUGGUGACAAAGGUGAAGAUGGUGAAUCAGGACAGCCCGGUCCACCCGGUCCCUCUGGAGAAGCUGGACCCCCUGGCCCACCUGGAAAGAGGGGUCCUCCUGGAGCACAAGGUGCAGAAGGAAGGCAAGGAGAGAAAGGCGCUAAGGGUGAACCUGGAGCAGAAGGUCCACCUGGGAAGACAGGUCCUGUUGGAGCUCAGGGACCUCCAGGAAAACCAGGUCCUGAAGGUCUGAGAGGAAUUCCCGGACCCGUGGGAGAACAAGGCCUUCCAGGUGCUCCUGGCCAAGAUGGACCUCCAGGUCCAAUGGGACCUCCUGGCUUGCCAGGUCUGAAAGGAGAUCCUGGUACUAAGGGUGAAAAGGGACAUCCAGGUCUGAUCGGUCUAAUUGGUCCCCCUGGAGAGCAGGGUGAAAAGGGAGACAGAGGACUUCCAGGCCCACAAGGUUCUGCUGGACCCAAGGGAGACGGCGGUGUUAAUGGCCCUGCUGGUCCUUCCGGCCCCCCUGGACCUCCUGGUCUACCUGGUCCUCAAGGUCCUAAAGGUUCAAAGGGAUCAUCAGGUCUAGCUGGUCAGAAGGGAGACAGCGGAGUGCCUGGACCCCCUGGUCCACCAGGUCCCCCUGGAGAAAUCAUUCAGCCACUGCCCAUCCAGACACCAAAGAAGACCCGCAGAUCCUCAGAUGACAUGAUGGCAGAUGCUGGAGACAACAUUUUAGAAUACACUGACGGAAUGGAGGAGAUCUUUGGAUCUCUCAAUUCUCUGAAGCAGGACAUUGAGCGCAUGAAGUAUCCCAUGGGAACUCAAAACAACCCAGCUAGGACAUGCAAGGACCUACAGCUCUGCCACCCAGAGUUCCCUGAUGGUGAAUAUUGGAUCGAUCCAAACCAGGGAUGCUCUGGAGACUCAUUCAAAGUCUUCUGUAACUUCACCGCUGGAGGGGAAACCUGUAUUUAUGCAGACAAAAAAUCUGAAGGAGUCCGGAUUUCUUCCUGGCCCAAAGAAACACCAGGCUCCUGGUUCAGUGAAUUCAAGAGAGGCAAGCUGCUUUCUUAUGUGGACGUGGAGGGUAACUCAAUCAAUCAGGUACAGAUGACCUUCUUGAAACUGCUCAGUGCAUCCGCUCGGCAAAACUUCACUUACAGCUGUCACCAGUCAGUGGCUUGGCACGAUGCUGUGACCGACAGUUAUGACAAGGCCUUGAGGUUCCUUGGAUCUAAUGAUGAAGAAAUUUCCUACGACAACAGCCCGUACAUCAGAGCAAUUCACGAUGGCUGUGCACUGAGGAAAGGCUAUGCACGGACUGUCCUUGAAAUCAACACCCUGAAGAUAGACCAACUGCCUAUUGCAGAUGUGAUGAUCAGUGACUUUGGGGACCAGAAUCAAAAGUUUGGAUUUGAGGUUGGGCCAACCUGUUUCUUAGGUUGAGACCCCCACACGGACGAGCAGCUUAAAAAUAAUAAAAAAAAGUGUAAAAAAAAAUAUUUUUUUUUCUAAAAGAAAAACGUCAGGCUUGGGAAUACCUCGAAAGACGUGUAGGCCACAUGCAAGUUUUGAAUAUGGAUGGUGCAUAGGGGAAGAAAACAGACAUAGAGUUACCUAGGCAGAAUCACAUGACUUAAACAGAGAAAGCAUUUGUCAAAAAAAUAUGAAGGACUUAGAUGCAAUACUGUAGGGCCUGAUGUGCCUUCUUUCCUUGUGAAACUUUUUGGUGCUGGAAAAAUAUGCAAAGCAAGCUUCGUCCAUCAUAGGUGCUAUUAAAUUCUUGUGAAUGGAUCUACCAGAUAUAUUCCAUAUAUUACAUUUCUUUGUACCUAACUUAAUGCUUGCAUGUCCUUUUUCCAAAACUUGCAUGUGACUAAGGUUUGAGCCUUAUUCAUAACAUCAUUGAAACAUGGAAGGUUCCCCACUGUGUGAAAUGGAUACAGUGUCUGUAUUGUGCAAAAUAAUGUAAUUCCCAUGGACCGACCCCCAUUUUUCUCACUCCAAAUAAAGUCCCUUUGUAUAUAUUGAUGUGGAAGACCUCUCUUAUUUGCUGUUGCUAAACAAAUGAAAAUAUAUAUAUAUAUUUACAGUAUCUAUAUAUAAUUAAGCCUCAGGUUGCCAAACUGGAAAGCAAAGUAGGUAAAUUGUCUAAAUUACCAAUUUUUCUGUGCUAGGUUUUUGAAAAAUGAUGCCAUUUUGGUGCAAUAUUUGAUGGUGCUAAUACCUCAUUCCAGGAUGUCAUGACAUGCAUGUAUAUACCUAAAAUAACUUCUUUUUUUUAAUUAUUAUUUGUGGUCGGGGAAAUAUGUAUUAAAAAGAAUAUUUCUGUAUUAGAUGUUUGUCAAUUCUGUGUAAAAUCGAUGGUAAAAACGUGAAUUUAUUUUAAUUUCUGUAUCAUUGAGGUUUGUGCAUCUUCAAAUCACAUAAUAUUAAAUUGGACUCAAAACAGAUCUUUAUGUAUUUGUUCGGUGUUUACUGAUACUUUUAAGAGUGGUUGUAUUAUAUCCGUGUUUUUAAGAACGCAGAUAUAAUUGAGAAGCGCUAGGCCCUUCUAGUUUUAUCAAGAUAUACUUCUACAUGUUUUGUACGUCUGUGCAUUUGUGUGUAAACCAUUUUAUGGCAUCAAUAUUUAUACAUAAUAAAAUGUUUUACAUGGAUCCAUGCACACAAAUAAACCAACAUGUUUAGGUCAUGUGAUUCUACCUGGUUAAAAGGGACUGGUAAUUAAACAGGUAAGAUGAUUUGUCUACCAAACUUUUUUAAUUCGGAUUUAAAAUUUCAUCUGGUUUUCCUCCCCUUUCUGGAAAUAAAGCUGGAAAUAAAGAUACUUUAAUAAAAUAAAAUAAAAAUAAAUCUCUUUUGUAAUUAUUUUCAUAAUAUAUGUAAGACUUGAAAAUUGUGUGUUACUCUUUCAUAAAUAAACUGUUAAAUUAAUUGGUCUCAGAUCCCACUAGUUCAUUUUCCCAGUGACAUUUCAUUAACAGAGAAGAGGAUUAAAAGUUGUCUUUCUUUUGCUGUCGAAGGUCCGUCUUGUCUUAUUUUCUCGCCUUUCCUCAAAGUUUGUCAGCGCGAAGAAGAUAUGAGGAUUUUAUCAAUAAAUUCACAUCCUGUUUACAUUAAA